GAAGCUUGCACUUCCUAGCACCGCGCGCGGCCCUGCGCCCUGGCACUGCCCCCAGGUGCGCCUCUUCUCCGGCUUCUUGUAGCUCUGGUCUCACUGUCCCCGCCGUUAGCCGCCAGUUCCUUAUCCUCCUCAUUCCCCAUUGUGGCUUGGCUGAGCCAGUCGCCAGACCUCGCUGUCCUCCUCCGCAGCAGCGGUACUUUGCGCUGUACCUCACCUGGCUUGCAGGUGAGCAGCAGCGCAGCGCCCCUGUCCGGCGAGCUUACCUUGGCCAGCCCUGCCAGAGCGGCACCGGCACCUCUCCAAGACUCCUUCUUCCCUGUAGGAUGAAGAAUCCCAUGCUGGAGGUGGUGUCUCUACUGCUGGAGAAGCUGCUCCUCAUCUCCAACUUCACAUUCUUCAGUUCGGGCGCCGCGGGCGAAGACAAAGGGAGGAACAGUUUAUAUGAAACCAGCUCUUUCCACCGAGGCGACGUGCUGGAGGUGCCCCGGACCCACCUGACCCACUAUGGCAUCUAUCUAGGCGACAACCGUGUUGCCCACAUGAUGCCCGACAUCCUGUUGGCCCUGACAGACAACAAGGGGCGCACGCAGAAGGUGGUCUCCAACAAACGUCUCAUCCUGGGCGUCAUUGUCAAAGUGGCCAGUAUCCGCGUGGACACAGUGGAGGAUUUCGCCUACGGAGCUAACAUCCUGGUCAAUCACCUGGACCAGUCCCUCCAGAAGAAGGCACUGCUUAACGAGGAGGUGGCCCGGAGGGCUGAGAAGCUGCUGGGCUUAACUCCCUACAGCCUGCUGUGGAACAACUGUGAGCACUUCGUGACCUACUGCAGAUAUGGUACCCCGAUCAGUCCCCAGUCCGACAAGUUUUGUGAGACUGUGAAGAUAAUUAUUCGUGAUCAGAGAAGUGUUCUUGCUUCAGCAGUCUUGGGAUUGGCAUCUAUAGUCUGUACGGGCUUGGUAUCAUACACUACCCUUCCUGCAAUUUUUAUUCCAUUCUUCCUGUGGAUGGCUGGCUAACUUCAUACCCCCAUGUCAGUGUGUGUAUUCUGUGUAAAUAUUUUGUAUUUAUAGAGCAUCAAUCAGUAUAAGCAUUAUCGAGAAAAAUGUGACCUGUAACACUGUGUUCUGGAUAAAAAUGUGAUUAGGAAUCACGCAAAGUGCUUACUGUGUAAGCCCAAGAACAAAGCCUUUCUGAAUCUUCUCAGGCAGUUCAGAUUUAAAGCACCAUCCAAACCUUGGAAACACAACAGGUUGUGGUAUAAUUCAGCAAUAUGAGAAAACCAGCCCCAAAGAUGAUAGCCACAGAGAUUGUGUUAUUUUUUUUCCUCUUGUAAUCGUUGUACUGUUAGGCUGAAUUUGAAGACUGGAAGACCAUAUUGAGACCAAUAACUUUUUUUGUAAAUUUACUUUUUUAUUGAAAAAAAAUGGAUAAACUUAAACUGAAAGUAUUUUCCUCAUUCAAAUGAAAACACGUUUGAUGACUGGUCAAAAAAUAAGCUCAAAAUCUAUUUUUUUCAUGUAGUGUAUAUAAUCCUGAAUAAGUCGAGUGUUUCAUUUUCAUUAUGUGAAAUCAAUAUUGACAAAUAGUACUUUAAUGAUAAUGUAACUGACCAGAAAGUAUAGAAAUCUGUGUUUUCCUGUAAAAAUAGUGACUAUAGUAUCACUUGAACAUUGAUUUGGCUUUACUUACUAGGAAGCCUGGAAUUCAUUAUUUUUUUUCCUUUUAUGUGUCACUGUGGUUACUUUAAAUCACUCUGAGAAGUAAAUGGAUAUAGGAUUGAAGUUAUCUGGGUAUUUGGCAUGUGUAUGUGUGUGAAAUAAAUAUGCACAUAGUCAUAUACACAGACAGAGACAAAUUGUUCUUGAUUGCCUUAUUAUCAUCAUACUAGUGUGGUUAUUAUAGAGCAUCUGUAGAGGUGACUGUAAAAGUAAGUCCAAUCUAUUUUCUUAUAUCUUUGAAUUUGUAGUAUUAACUUGCAUCUAUGAUAUUGGAUGGGUUGUCUUUUAAAGCAAUUACUAAUGUACUGUGAAAUUUUUAAAAACCUUCAGAUUUGUUUACUAGUCACUUUUCUCCAUAUAGUUUCUAAUUAUAGUUUAUAUCCUUAAAGGAAGGAUGCCACAGCAGUAUAUAAAACCCAAACAAGCAGAACCCAAACAAAUAAAAUUAUUAAAAAUAAUUUUAAAGUAGCUUAGUAUUGCCAGUCAUAUAAAUUGAUUUUGCUGAAGCUCUUAUAAGAGUUGAGAUGUAGCAAUCUUAAAACAAGCAUUCAAGCACUUUUGCAAAAUUACCAAAUUCUUAAAAUGAAGCCACAGCUAGACUUGCAUUUCAAGUAUUAAAAUUGUUUUUUCAACUGUCAAGAAUCAUAAAAUAGCAAAUCAUAUUAUGAGUGAAUAUGGUGGGGAAGGUGGGGCCAAUCAGUGAUUCAAUCAGAAUAAAUUUUAAGAGCAGAUCUUAGAUUAACUAAUGUUUUAUCACCACUAAUUUGCCCACAACAAACUUGUGUUUAAUUUUUCAAAUUAAAUGUUGAAUGAUUUAAGUCUUUAAAAUAAUUAUAACAUUAAAUGGUACCACCACAGAAUACAGGUGUUCUCUGGACCUAUUCCAACCACUUAAAAUUAUCUAAAGUAUGCAUACAUAAAAGCAACCACUAUGAGAACUACUGUGUUAGUGGUUUUUCACUUGCUGUAUAUUACCCUUGUAGGAAUAGUUUAAGUAA